GUCGUGGUAACGGGGCGGCCGGAGCUGCGCGGGGAGCAGGAUGUUGGUGUUGGUGUUAGGGGACCUUCACAUCCCACACCGGUGCAGGGGUCUGCCGGGGAAGUUCAAGAAGCUGCUGGUUCCUGGAAAGAUUCAGCACAUCUUGUGUACGGGAAACCUCUGCACCAAGGAGAGCUACGACUACCUCAGGACUCUGGCUGGGGACAUCCACGUUGUUAGGGGGGACGCAGAGAGCCUGAAUUAUCCUGAGGAGAAGGUUGUAACUGUCGGGCAGUUUAGAAUCGGGCUGAUUCACGGCCAUCAAGUAAUUCCCUGGGGUGAUGUGGCCAGCCUGGUGCUGCUGCAGAGGCAACUGGAUGUGGACAUUCUCAUCUCGGGACACACACACAGAUUUGAGGCGUUUGAACAUGAAAACAAAUUCUACAUCAACCCGGGAUCAGCUACAGGAGCCUACAGUGCUUUGGAAACGAAUGCCAUCCCUUCGUUUGUACUGAUGGACAUCCAGGCUUCCACAGUUGUGACUUAUGUGUACCAACUAAUCGGAGACGAGGUGAAAGUAGAAAGAAUUGAGUUCAAGAAGGACUGAAUCGGGUUCACACCCGCGUGUUGACUUGUCGCUGCCUUUUGUUCCUGCUCUUCCCUGCUCAGCCGAAGCGGAGACAGGCCGCGGGGGGGCGCUGCUGCUGCGGCGGGGGGCCCUGGAGCCACCACAACCCUUGGUUGCUUGUGGAGGAAAACAAAACAAAAAAACGCACAAACAAAAAAAACCGCCAAACCCCGAAAUGUUAGUCUUGGUUCCCAACCAGAACUGGGAACGAAUGAAACUGUGGAAAAUAUCCCGUGUCUAAGGAGGAGCUGUUGUGUUCCUGGCCUAAGGGAGUCACAGAGGGUGAUGGCAGCAGCUCAGCAUCAAGCCUCUUCUGUAAAACAAACAUAGAAUAAUAAAUCUCUAUCUUCACGUG